AGAUUAUAUCGUCCUUUAGUUUCCAGCUUGUGUUCACACCCGUUCUACGCACAAAAACAUUGUUUCACUGUGAUCCUUUAUCAAACAAUGUCUUUUUGUUCUUUUUUCGGGAAAGAGUUUUAUAAAGAUCACUUCAAACCUGGUAUAUAUGCUUGUUCCCAAUGUGGACAUCCGCUGUUUUCAAGUAGAUCCAAAUAUGAGCAUUCCUCCCCCUGGCCUGCCUUCACAGAGACCAUCCGAGAGGACAGUGUGACAAAAAUGAUGGAGACUUUAACAGCCUACAAGGUUCUGUGUGGGAAGUGUGGUAAUGGCCUUGGCCACGAGUUCCUGAAUGAUGGGCCGGAGGAGGGCUUAUCACGCUUUUGAAUAUUCAGUCACUCGCUUAAGUUUGUCCCGAAAGAUAAGGUUGAUAAACACUAAGCGAGGAGACUGACAAGGCUGCUGUUGCGCACACUGGCACUGGAUGUUCAGCUCAUGAAGUGGUCACGGAAAAGCCCUGGAAAGAGGGUCCUGUUCACAGAUGUUUUAUGACCAUCCAAGAUGCCAGGAAGACAAAAAAAAUCUAUUUUUUUUACUAGUCUAUAAGCUAAUUAUGAACAUUAAGAAAUGAAUGAAUGAAAUUACCAGUAAUAAAACCUGCCUGGAAUAUUGCUGAGUUAAUCUUCAUUAUCAUUAUUUUUAUUAUUAUUAUUAUUAUUAUUAUUAUUAUGAACAAUACUUUUAACAUUAAAACAGCAUGUUGUUGUUAAUUUGAUUUUAAAAUUAUUUUUAAUGUUUGUUCAGCUGAAUUGAUCAUCCAUAGUCUUAUUUGUUUGUCAAAGAAUCCUGCAUUAAUGCUUUUUUGUUGUGUCUGCACCAUGAAGUCAUUGCAAUUUAUGUUAGGCUGUUGUUGAAUUCAAAAUACCUUUUAAGUUUUAUUUCCACUAUUAAAGAAUCAAUUGAAA